GAGGCAAUUUGCAGGAUGGCAGCAGUAUCGAGCGCGGACGCGGCGGCCGACUUGACGGCGUCACUCCAGGUCGAAGUAUGCGGUAGCCAGGAAUCCCUCGACCAUGACAGCGGCAAGUUUUACACAGAGUACGUAUUGCGCUGCACGCUGAAAGGAAUGGACGGGAGAACGCGGACCUGGGAUACCCUCCGUCGAUAUCGCGAGUUCUGCGCCAUCGACAUCUUGCUUCGGGAAAAGUACCCGCAUCUGGCGAACUCGUUUCCUUCGCUUCCUAGCAAGAAAUACUUGGGCUCGUCCUUGUCGGCAGAGUUCGUCGAGCGGCGCCAGCGCGACUUGGCCGUGUAUGUCGAUACGCUGCUAUCACUGUAUCCACAAAUUGUGCAAGACGAAAUCGUCGACGAGUUUGUCGAAAUGUCGUGCCAUUAAGAGAAAUCGUCACGAUGAAAAUCAACUGCACCAUGACAUAGCGCGGCAUCACUCGUUUGCCGCUCGCCACAGAGGCCACAAUUGCUAGCUCGCGGCACUCA